AUGUCAUCCGUUCGGAGGGCAAAACCCUUGAAUGAAUGGCUGACGGAAGCGACGGAGACUUUGCAGCCCUAUCUGCACGCCGAAGUGUCCGUGGUUUCGCUGAUCGGCCGAGACACGUUCCUGGCGCGCAAGUCGAACGAGCUGAACAAUGCUCUUGGCGCAAAGAUCUUCGAUUCAUACGCAAGCGGAGGAGGAUCAUCGAUCGACGUGUACUUUUCACUCGACGAAGGCUCCAUUUUCUUGGUGCUCAACGGCUUCAAUGAUUUACCAGACCUGCUACAAAUGCUCGAAGGUGCGGCGGGAACGCCGUUCUUCGAGACGAUCGGCAACGCUGAGAAGCGAUACCUGCAGUUGUUCACAUUCAUCAGCGUCGUCUCGCACCUGAUCCUGUUCGUUGAACAAGGCUGUCGUUUCGAUGUUUCCUUGGCAAGGACUUUGAAAAGUGUCAACAAAAUGAGAAUUGCGACGACCAACUCUAUCUUGAAGGUUUUACCCAAGAACCUGCUGAAAGCCAACCCAGAAUUAGAUAAAGAAGGCCGUUUUGCCGUGCCACGUUUUGCCUUCGCCUUCCAUCGGAACAAAAUUAGGCAAGACCUUGGCGCAACGAAGAAGAGAGAACUCUACGAGAAGUUGGAGGAAAACCUGGAACAGCAAAUCUACAACGUGUUUAAAUUGUUGCGGCUUAUCGAGAAUAGCCAUAGGGACAACAUGCUGGGAUACCUGCCUGGCAAAGCUCCGUACGCUCAAUUAUUGCCGCCGGAGACGAUAGACCACGUUACUGAGUCGCUGCUCAUCCUCGCCGGCGAUAGAAAGGAGACUGAUGUUGAAGAGUCAGAAUUCCCAUUUCUUCAUUCUUUACUUGAUGCUAUCAGGGCGCCCGACGAAGAGCACAUUUUUUUGCGUCCUCGCCUCGGACAAUUCAUCUCCGUGGCGAAAGCCAUCCUGCCGGUAAUCCUGGACGAUGAUGCGGUACAGAAACGAAAACUCGAUGGGUUUUUGAACCGGGAAGCUCGAUUUAUUUCGAGCGUUUCCGAGAAGGCACUCGAAGAGGCAAUUCGUGAAUACGAAAAGGAAGAGGCUAAUCCAAGGCAUGCUCGCGCGAAAUCGGCAAUGGCCAGCGGGAAACUGUUUACGAAAGCCGAGCACGAUAAAAGGUUUGCCCGAGCGGUCAGCUACCUGAAAAGCGUGGCGCCAGGUGACGCGAAGCCGCUGAUCGACAAGCUGCAAGAUGAAUGCGCGGGCCGCUGGCAAAUGGGAUGUGAUGUCGUCUCCCUGACCGGUUUACCUUGCGAAUUAACGGCCCAUCCGGCGGCCGGUGAUAUUACUAAAGACCGCGAUGAAUGGACCCUGCACUACUCAGCGGCCCGACAUCUCCACACAUGCGGAUGUGGGCUUCAUCAGGCGCUGCGCAACGACCCAUUUUCGCUGAAGGACGCAAACUACGAUUUCUAUAUGGAAAAUGCCAACUUCAAAUGCGCUUCUACGAUGGACAUGCACAAAUUUAAUGUUCUGGAAGAGAGGGACGCUGACGGGGAGUUGGACACUGGCGAAUGGACGGCGGCUAGGCCCGAGCCAAGGCUGCUGAUCGAUUGUCGAGAAACACGCAGCGGAUCCCAGGAGAACGGUUCGGAACCCGACGAGCUGGACGGCGUCGUCAACAGCGAUUUUUCUGAUCAGGAACCAAAAGCGCCCUCGUUGGAUGAGGGGCAGGGUGCCGCCGAGGAAACGGUCGAACAACCCAGCGUUCGAUGCGACGAAGAAGCGACCGUGUCUCGUGAAGACAAGAAGGGACCGCGCGCCUUGAUAUGCAGCUACGAGGAGCGGCGCAGCAAUUUGAAAGCCAGAAAUGUGGAAUUUUGCGACGGAGUACCCCACACGCUGAUGCCCGGCCUUCCGCUUUUCCCUUCUUGGCAGCUGACAGUCGUUGGAGCCAGCAAUUCAUACUCGCACUCGUAUGGUCUGCGUGAUAUGCCAGGAUUCCGACCGGGCACUGACUAUCUUUUACCCUAUGACGUCUAUUUGGAGGUCGACUCGGCAUGCUGGACCCGGGAUCUGAACUACAUGCAGCAGGGGAAUUCGAGCGAAGCUGCCCGGCAUAAGAGUCGACGGAGGGCCGGCGGGGCGUCGGUGGAGAAGGUGAAGCUCUUCAUCGGCUUCGAGUACGAGUGCCCGAAAGGUCAUCGCAAUUUCCUGGGCGGUGACCUCGAGCCGGUCCCUUUGGCUAAGGGUACCACGGCAAAAGAGAUGAUUCCAAAGGACGCCGCUGAACAAUUGCUCUCGAAAGUGCUGCCAAUCUGGAGGCCGUGCACUUGCCGGUCUACGGUAAUUGGGCAAUUGAUGCGCGUCCACAUUGUAACACCAAAAGCCCCGGUGCAGGUGACGAUCGAUCCGCACGUACAGGUGGGCUCUCCAGAGGGUCACUUUUGCACUGGCGAAGGUCCGUUGGAGCUCGGUUGGGCAAAAUAUUACGUGCUUCGGCUACCGUACAUCUACUCAGGACUCGAUGGCCCAGUUCUUCCACCAUCCGAGGUGGGCUCGUUCGGGCGUUUCUUCGCCAACAGCAUCAAGGUCACCUACACCCCGUUCUCCUGGAUG